UUAAAACAUGUUAAAACACACGGAUCGUCCAACAAACACACACAUUUAAAUUUAGCAAAGAUUUAAGUUUAGGAAAAACCCUUAGAUUUAUUUGUACCAGGAAUCAACGCGAUUACUUUAGCAGUAUGUUCUCAGGCCACAUCCCAAUGAUGCACCACACCCGAAGGGGCACUGCGCCACAAAGUGAGGAAGUACCCAGUGUAUUAUCAGAGUCCAACCAGGGAUCAGUAAAAUCAUCUCAAUUCAGAAUGCAACAUAUUUCCCGUACCUGGAUGCUCCUUCUGGACUACAAACAGUAUAAGGCAGCUCGAAUCAUCCAACAAAACUGGCGGAGAUUCUUUUUCCGGAAGAAGUUUCAAGACAAAAGGAAGGCAGCCAUCACGAUUCAGCGGUGGUGGCGCGGAUUCUCGGUCAGAAACAAUCACUACAGUUUCGUGGAGAACAUGCUGCAGAAGAGGCUGGUGGAUCACUACAACAGGUCGGCCACCAAGAUUCAGGCUCUGUUCCGGGGCUGGAAAAGCCGGCAAACGGUGCACGACCACAGCAAAUUGCUAAGGUUGCAGGUGUGCGCCGCAGAGGAUCUGCUAAACUGCGUGGCCUUCAAGCUGCACCACCUGCUGCGCACCUACGCGAUUCCGGGAGUCUACUCCCUGAAGAACUCCAACUGCAUGUCGCGAAUAGAGAAACUGCUGGCAAGCUUACACUUUCGGUUUCAUAAUGGCAAUGUGAAAUCGCAAGAGGCAAAACACGUGGCCUCCAGAAAUAAGGAUCGACUUAAUUUUAAAAGGAGCGAUAAGCUGAGCCGAAGUCCGUUUGAGGGGGCGCGCUAUUGGAGCCAAUGCAAGCCGAAGUGCGAAACCGCCUUGAAAUUGUCCAAGGAUAUCGACAAACGCAUGUACAGGAUCAUUGAGAUGUACGAUGCUUCACAGAGGGAUGCUCACGCGGCGUUAGUGCAAAAGAAUUUAGCGCACAGGAAGCAAAAGAAGCUCAUGCAAAACAUCAAAAAGUCGGAGCACAAAAAUAAACGUGAUUUUUGCGGUGACGUCAUUGCCAGCAUGCGCCGCUGGAAAAUACUGGUAGAUAACAACCUAAAUGUGGACAAAAACAUCUUUAGGAAUCCGGAAAAUCUAGAGAAGUUCCUCUCCGAAAUAUCCGAGUAUGUGAAAGAGUUCGAAACCUGCACCUGCUAUUGCCGUAUUCCCGUAUUAACCGAAAUCUACUGCGGCUAAAAAUCUUGUAUAAAACUAGUCAUAUUAAAAUAAACAGAAUUGAUAUACUAAA